AUGAAAGACCUAGAAUUUGGAAUUGAUCUGCUUCCAAAUCAGCGCAGUUUGGGCCUUAACUGGAACUUGGAAACUGACACCUUCUUCUUUGAGGUUAUGACUAAAGAUAAAUCAUUUACCAGAAGAGGCAUACUGUCAUGCAUUAACAGCAUAUUUGAUCCUCUGGGAUUCUUAGCCCCUGUCGUCAUACAAGGAAAGAACAUAUUGAGGAACUUGGUUCUUGGCACUAAAGAAUGGGAUGAACCCCUGUCUGAAGAUCAACUAGAUACUUGGAGACAUUGGAGAGACUCUUUAAUUAAAUUAGAAGAUCUACAUAUAUCUCGCAACUACUUCCCCGAGUCCCUAAAACGUUGUAAAGAAAAACGUAUACAUGUGUUUUGUGACGCCUCAGAAUUUGCCAUUGCUGCAGCUGGCUAUAUCAUGACAACUUCCUCAGAAAGCAAGUGUCACACUGGAUUUGUUUUAGGAAAGGCAAAACUCACUCCAACACAUGGCCAUUCUAUACCAAGAUUGGAACUAUGUGCUGCGGUGCUUGCAGUCGAGGUUGGAUGCUCUAUUGCAGAUCAUUUGUCUCUACAAAUCACAGACUUUAAGUUUUAUUCUGACAGCAAGGUUGUGUUAGAUUCUCGAAGUUUUCUACAUGGAAAAUUCUUGUGCGUACGGGUUGCAUUUCUGCAACAUGUAACAAGAUCAUUCGCUGGACUGAGUGGAUGUAGUGGUUGGCAUUACUGCACCAAAUCACGAAUUGUUGAGGCAUUUCAAGAAGCAGAGAAAUUCAUUGUCAGGACUGUUCAACAAGAAGUUUUUACAGAAGAAAUUGAUUAUCUCAUGCAAAACAAAGCAUUACCUGAGUCAAGCUCUUUGCUAUCCUUGGAUGUUUUCCUUGACCCAGAUGGCAUUCCCAGAGUUGGAGGACGCCUUAACAGAAGUAACAUGCCAUGA